GCCGGGCUGCCACGGUGUCCAAGCCGAGCCGCGCCGCCGCCGCCGCCACCGCCACCGCCGCCGCCACCGCCGGAGCUCCGCGGAGCCAGAGUCCGCGCCGGCCGCCCUCGUCGCCGCCCGCCGCGCCCCGGCGCCCACCGGAGCCGCCGCGCCGUCCGCGCACACCUGAGGCGGCCGGCUCGGGCCCUGCCUCGGCCCCUCUGCUCGUCCUUCCCGCCCCGCACCGGCCUUCACUCUGGAGCGGCCCCGGCAGCCGCAGCAGGGGCGGCGGCGGCGGAUCGAGGAGCUCUCCAGGUCAUCCCGGGAGAGGCUGCUGCAGUCCCGGGACAGGAUGUUCUCCAAGUUCACCUCCAUCCUGCAGCACGCCGUGGAGGCGCUUGCACCUUCUCUUCCUCUACAAGAAGAUUUUGUUUAUCACUGGAAGGCAAUCACCCAUUACUACAUAGAGACUUCGGAUGAUAAGGCCCCUGUGACUGAUACAAACAUUCCAUCCCAUCUGGAACAGAUGUUAGAUAUCCUGGUCCAAGAAGAAAAUGAACGGGAGUCCGGAGAGACAGGGCCGUGUAUGGAAUAUUUGCUCCAUCACAAGAUCUUGGAAACUUUGUAUACCCUAGGGAAAGCUGAUUGUCCUCCAGGAAUGAAACAGCAGGUGUUGGUGUUCUACACGAAACUUCUGGGACGAAUCCGGCAGCCCCUGCUUCCACACAUUAAUGUGCACAGGCCCGUCCAGAAAUUAAUUCGACUGUGUGGUGAAGUCCUUGCAACCCCAACAGAAAAUGAAGAGAUUCAGUUUCUCUGUAUUGUGUGUGCAAAGCUCAAACAGGAUCCCUACUUGGUUAAUUUUUUUCUGGAGAAUAAGUUGAAAACAUUGGCUUCCAAAGGAGCAGCAAGUGUAAUUUCAGAAGACCCGUUAAAAGGUCAGGACUCCUUGUCCACAGACACGGGCCAGGCCCCUCAGCCAGAGGAACUGUCAGGUGCUGCUGGCGUGGAGCGGGCGGAGUCGGAGGAGGAGCCGCAGGCGGAUGCCCUGUCCAGCAGCCUGGACCACCUCAACGUCACGUCACUGCCGGAGGCUUCGGUUGUUCGUCCCAACCAGGACUACAAUUUAGUGAAUUCUCUGUUAAAUCUCACUCGAAGUCCCGAUGGCCGCAUUGCAGUGAAAGCGUGCGAGGGCUUGAUGCUGUUAGUGAGUCUGCCAGAGCCUGCGGCCGCAAAGUGCCUUACGCAGAGCACGUGCCUGUGCGAGCUCCUCACGGACAGGCUGGCCUCCCUGUACAAGGCCCUACCUCAGUCGGUGGAUCCCUUAGAUAUCGAAACGGUGGAAGCCAUUAACUGGGGCUUGGACUCGUACAGUCAUAAAGAAGAUGCUUCAGCUUUUCCAGGAAAACGAGCCUUAAUUUCAUUUCUUUCCUGGUUUGAUUAUUGUGAUCAACUCAUUAAGGAAGCACAAAAGACUGCUGCUGUUGCUCUUGCCAAAGCUGUUCACGAGCGGUUUUUCAUUGGUGUCAUGGAACCUCAGCUAAUGCAGACUUCUGAGAUGGGCAUUCUGACGUCAACCGCGCUGCUCCACCGCAUUGUUCGGCAAGUAACCUCUGACGUUUUGCUUCAAGAAAUGGUGUUUUUUAUCCUUGGAGAACAGAGGGAACCCGAGACUCUGGCCGAAAUCGGCAGACACCCGUUGAGACAUAGGCUAAUUGAGCACUGUGAUCACAUAUCUGACGAGAUAAGCAUAAUGACAUUAAGAAUGUUUGAACAUCUUUUGCAAAAACCCAAUGAGCACAUUCUUUACAACCUGGUCCUAAGAAAUCUUGAAGAAAGGAAUUACACAGAAUAUAAGCCUUUGUGCCCAGAAGAUAAAGAUGUGGUGGAGAAUGGAUUGAUAGCAGGAGCAGUAGAUCUGGAAGAAGAUCCGUUAUUCACUGACAUCUCACCGGAUAACACUUUAUCAAACCAAGAGUGGCUUAGUUCUUCACCGCCUGCUACUCCAGACCACCCCAAGAAUGAUGGCAAAACAGAAGUCCAUAAAAUUGUCAAUAGUUUUCUCUGUCUGGUACCAGAUGAAGCAAAGUCCUCCUACCACGUUGAAGGCACCGGAUACGAUACCUACCUCCGAGACGCUCACAGGCAGUUCCGGGACUACUGCGCUAUCUGCUUAAGAUGGGAGUGGCCCGGGUCUCCGAAAGCUUUGGAAAAGUGCAAUUUAGAAGCAGCUUUCUUUGAAGGACAUUUUUUGAAAGUGUUAUUUGACAGAAUGGGAAGAAUUCUUGAUCAGCCCUAUGACGUGAAUUUGCAAGUGACCUCGGUGUUGUCCAGACUGUCUCUCUUCCCUCAUCCACAUACACACGAGUACCUUCUGGAUCCGUACGUCAACCUUGCUUCUGGCUGCCGGUCGCUCUUCUCCGUGAUCGUCAGGGUUGUUGGGGAGCUUAUGGUGCGAAUUCAGCGCAUUCAAGACUUCACCCCCAAGCUUCUGUUAGUCAGAAGGCGGUUACUUGGUUUGGAACCUGAAGGCCCUGUUAUUGACCACAUCACGUUGCUGGAGGGUGUAAUUGUGUUAGAGGAGUUCUGUAAGGAACUGGCGGCCAUCGCGUUUGUGAAAUACCACGCCUCCUCCACGCCGUAAAUCACAUCUUCCGACUCACAAGGGCAAAGGGACUGUCAUGUCCGUUUCAUCAGAAAGACUCAGUUCCAUCCAGCAGGAGGAUGAAAAGCCUUUAAAAUGAAAUAUUGCCGUAAACUGGACAGAACCAUUAAGAACCUAUUGAGUGGGCACUCGGUAAAAUGUUAUCUUGUGUUUUUUCAUUGGCUUUAUCCUAAUGGUUCUCCAUAUGAAAUUGCACGAUGAACCCAGCCUACAAUCAAAGGAACUUCAGGAAAUAAGCAUUUCUAAAGACUGUGUGAAAAGCUGCAAAAUUUCUGAUGUCAUAAUUUUGAUGAUAUUUCUGUUAUUUUAAUAUCCUUUUAGGUAGCAAGGCAUUUUGACAUUCUCUGGGACUCAAAUGCUUAUAUUCUUUUGAUUAAAAAGUAGCAAAAGAAUCACUAAUUUUAUAACUUUUUAAAAUUAGAAUUCUUAUCAAACAAAAUAUGAAAAAACUGUAAAUGAGAAAAAAAUACAAUUCAGGAAACAUCAAAUGAAUUAAAUCUAGGUGAUAAGAAAGUGUAGCAUACCAUUAACUUCCUCAGUUUUUCUAAGAAUAACAAUUUAAUAUGAUAAAGAAAUUCUUGAUUAAUAUAUAUUUUUAAAGAAAUGUUCUUUUACUCCUUUGUGCACAUAGCUAUGUUAGUGGCUGAUUUUCACGUGAGGGUCCCAGUUUAUUUAAAUUGUAUCAUUUUUGCAACAACACUGAAUUUUUGCUCAUCAUUGGUAGUGUUGGCUAAAAUAGUAUUUUUUUUUUUAGGUAAUUGACAUGUGCUGGGUUGAGAACCUUUGUUUUCUCUCCCGCUCUGAAACUUGCUUCAUAAAAUUGCUUUAGACUGACGUUCUUACUGAAGCCCUUGGCAGUGUGGAGGUAGGGAACCGCUGGUCACUCUUGGGAAGCAAUCAGAAUGCCAAUGGCCUUCUAAUGUUUACAUUUCCCCAUUUUGUUCAGUCUUUUGUUUUAAAUGAUUCUAAAGGGAUAGAAGAAAACAGUCUUUUAAAUGUCCUGUUUACAUGUGAGAGAAUCUGGGAGUUGGGUGUGGAUGCCCGAGGUGUGUGUGUAGGAGCCCCUAGUUGAGCGCGAUGCACAGUGUGCUUGGAUGUGAUUUACAGAAUGGCGGCUGCUUGUCCUCUUUCUGUUAUUCCUUGAAGUGAUGCGUGUCACUCAGAUAUCGCUUUUGAACUAUUGGGGUUUUUUGUUUGUUUGUUUCAGUUCAGUGUUAAGCAGCAGCACUUUCCACUCGCUGAUAUUUGAGGGAGCCGACUUCAAAGCAAAUGUUUCAGCUUAAAAGGAUCUGUUGCUACCCCACUAAAAAGCUGCUUACGUAGCACGCUUGCCUACGUACGAGUACAUCUGUGGUGUGUCCACGGGCACGUUUUACACACGUUUGCUCGUAUUAUUGUGUUUGUUCUGAUUCAUAAUUAGUUUUUGCUAUUUAUUAAGAACAGAUUAUCAAAAGAUUAUGAAUAGUCUCAGCUGUAGAAUGCUCACCACUCUUAAGACACAAGGCUGCAUUUCUAAGUUCUGAUCUUCGUUAGCUCAUUCUAAGAAAUUUAUUAAGUAAAGCAGUGAAAAAACAAAAGUGGGAGAUAGUUCCUUCACGCAGGAUUCUCUUUAAAUGCUUCUGAAUGGUGGGAAAGCGUUUCUCAGUUUUCCGUGUUGAUCAUCAGUUCCUGCCGAGAACUCUGCGGCAUCUCCAGUCUCUGCUGAAGUUGACAGUCUACUUUGAUGUGGUGUAUUUAAAGGAAAGUGUAAGAGAUAUUAGACAUUUCUUACUGUUUCCAUAGUGCUCAGUAGACGUGCUAGCAAUGAUGUUACCUCUCAAACCAAAUAUUUUUUUAUCCUUGAUUUCACAAUGGGACCUUCUAGCUAUUCCAUGAAACCAAGCUCAGAAAAGCUUUAACUCCUCUAUUUUGUGUGUGUACGUGUGUGUGCGCGUGCGCGUGUGCUGCUUUUGAAAAAUAUACUUCCCUAAGUUAUUGUAGUGGUUCUGACUUAAAAUCAGCUGUAGCUUAGGUUUUAGUUUGUUUCUCUUCUAAGUUUCUUUUUUUCCUUCAUAUUUAGUUCAGUCCUAGAGCCGGUCCAAGUUCUUACGGUGAGAUGGAUUUGUUAGUGAACGAUUGUACUCCAUCACUAGUGUUUUUCUUACUGUCUCUUAGACGCUGAAUAUUUCUAUUACUCAAUAUCUGCAAAAAACAGUGACUCGCGUGUACUGUGUUGGGUGGGAGGUGCCACCUCAGCAGCCGGUUGUCAUGGCAAAUUCUAAACCGAAUUUUACCCUUGCUUCACCUUUGUGUAAGUAGGGAUGCACAUUUAUUUUUAAAUUUUCUAACAGUUUGGUCUUUGGGUUUAUUUUCAGUAAUGAGCCACAUUCUUUACUUGAUAGAACUCAAAUAUGUUUUAGUUAAUUGUCAUUGAAGUACUCACAUUAUAACUAUGUAAUGUUCUCAUGAUGUAUCUGUGCAAUAUGGAAGCUGUGAGUGGAUUCAUAGCUUUUUGGUUUCGUUGUACAUUAUUGUGUGUGUACAUGUGUAUAUAUGUAUAUAGAGAGAGAUAAGGACCAAAAUCCUUAGCUUGCUUACACUGUUGCUAGUGUAAAGAUUGUUACACUUUAUUUUAUGGGGCACAAAUUAUGGAAUUACUUCAUAAAUUCAUGGUAACAUAUUUCUAUAAAUUAUUGCAUUAAUAUACAAUUACCAUUUAAUUAUGAAGUUCAUAGGUAUUGACAGAAGAAGUUACAGUGAAGUGCUAAAAUCACAAAUUAUAUGGUAAUUGUAUUUUGGGUUGUACAGUAAAUUGAAACAUGCAUGUCAUUGUGACACUUGGUGUGCUAAAACACGAUAGAGCAUCAUAUUUCUGGGCCCUGUAAAAUAGUGUUACUACGCUACUCUGUUUUGCCUCCUGCCUGGUUUACAUUAAACACAGGAUAUUUGGUAAAUUUUUCUAUUGAACGUCGUGUAGGUUACUGACAGUGUUACCGAGAUCUGGAACUGUUGGGUCGUCCGUGCAGAAAUUCUUCAGAUGGGAUUGUGCACCUGCUCUCGCAGAGGGAGUUGUGAUUAAGUUCAACUUUUUGUGCUAAGGAUGCAUGCAGGACUAAGAGGGAUAAUCUAAAAAAUAAAUAAUGUAAUUUAAACAAAA